UUGCAUGAAGUCGAAGUUGAAUGGAGACUUGCUCGCUGUAUGUCCUUCAGAAAGAAAUGUUUUAUGGAAGGAAUUCGUUCCUGGAACAUUGACACUCUGUGCUGUGAUCUGAAUCAUCAACUGCGGCUCUUUGUAACCCGACAUCUGGCUCAUUUUUCUUCUGAAGUCAAAGGCCAAAGAACUCUCCAUCACCGGAGUGACACCCUGGACACGGUGAUCCUGGUAAAUCCUAAUGUGGACAGCAUCGUGGCUGAGGUGCGCUCGCUCGUGUGCGACCCGUCAGCCCACAAGCUGCUGAUCCUCUGCGGGCACAGCUCGGAGCAGGAGGGAGACUUGGUCCUGCAGACGGGCACCUUCACCUUCCACAAGUUUGCUGAGAUACUUUCAGACCCGGAGGUCACCCAGAUUCUCAGCAACUCUGGUUCAGAUACCAAGGCCUCUCUUACUGUGUCGUGCCAGGGAGAAGGAGCCUGGAGCAGCCUUGGGCAUCCUCGAUUUCAGGACAUUAUUAAUCUGAAACUGAAUCCUGAUCCAGUUCUGCCAGAAAUGGAUGGGGUGUCUGAGUUUGCAGAAUAUGUCUCUGAGACAGUUGACGUGCCAUCUCCAUUUGAUCUCCUGGAGCCACCCACCUCAGGGGGUUUUCUGAAGCUUUCUAAGCCCUGCUGCUACAUAUUCCCUGGGGGGAGAGGUGAUUCUGCUCUCUUUGCUGUCAAUGGAUUUAACAUCCUUGUGGAUGGUGGCUCUGAGAGGAAAUCCUGCUUCUGGAAGCUGGUCAGGCACCUGGAUAGGAUUGACUCAAUCCUGCUCACCCACAUUGGUGCAGACAACCUGCCUGGCAUCAACGGGCUGCUGCAGAGGAAAGUUGCUGAGCAAGAGGAGGAACAAUCCCAGGGCUCUACCAACUACAGUGACUGGAUGAAGAACCUAAUUUCCCCUGAGCUGGGGGUGGUUUUUUUUAAUGUUCCCGAAAAGCUGAAGAUGCCUGAAGCCUCCAUGAAAGUAAAGAGGAGCAUUGAAGAAGCGUGUAUGACCCUGCAGUACCUUAACAGACUGGGCAUUAAAUCAGAGCCUCUCUACAGGGUGGUGAGCAGCACCAUUGAGCCCAUCACACUCUUCCACAAAAUGGGAGUGGGUAAGCUGGACAUGUAUGUGCUGAACCCUGUCAAGGACAGUAAAGAAAUGCAGUUUCUAAUGCAGAAAUGGGCUGGCAAUAGUAAAGCAAAGACUGGCAUCAUUCUUGCAAGUGGGAAAGAAGGUGAAAUUUCCGUUCCCUAUCUCACAUCUAUCACAGCCCUAGUGGUAUGGCUACCAGCCAGCCCAACAGAGAAAAUUGUAAGGGUUUUGUUUCCUGGAAAUGCUCCUCAAAAUAAGAUACUGGAAGGUCUUGAGAAACUCAAGCACCUGGAUUUUCUGAGGUACCCAGUGGCUACUCAGAAAGAUAUUACUUCUGGAAUACCUCCACCUGUGCUGAAGCAGACCAAAAUUAAACAAAGAACUGACAGUAAAGAGAGUCUUAAGUCUUCCCCCAAGCCAUCUGUGACAAAGCAAGCCAAGAAGGAAGAAGCAGUAGAGGAGGGGAUUAAGGAAGUAAAACCAGAAGUGGUAAAGGAUGCUAAAAUUGAGAAAAAGGUUAAAGAACACACAGAGAAAGUUCCUGAGAAACCUGUUAAACAUGAAAAGAUAAAGACAGAAACAAGUGAUGCUCUCAAAGCUGAGAAAAGAAAACUGGCAAAAGACAAGGUUGGGAAAAAGCAUCUCAAAGAGAAAGUAUCCAAAUUAGAGGAGAAGAAAGACAAAGAAAAGAAAGAGAUUAAGAAGGAGAAAAAGGACUUAAAAAAAGAUGAUGGAAAAAAAGACGAGAAAAAAGAUUCAAAGAAAGAUGAUAAAAAGAAAGAAAACAAACCAGAGCUCAAAAAAAUUUCUAAACCAGACUUGAAACCAUUUACGCCAGAAGUAAGAAAAACAUUGUACAAGGCAAAACUUCCAGGCAGACUCAAAACUGAGAAGAUCAAAGUAAAACCUGAAAAAGAACCUGAAAAGGUACCUGCUGACGUCAGGACAUUACCAAUGGAGAAGGCACCUGCACAAGUGGCCCCGGGAGAGACAUCCAUAGUGGAACAGAGGUUAGUCCUGUCUUCACCAGAAGAUCUUACAAAGGACUUUGAGGAAUUGAAGCAUGAGGAGAGAGGGGCCUUGCAGGUGGCUCAGGAACUGUCUGAUAUGGACAGUGAUGAGAUUAUGAGGGCACCUGAAGCAGACAUGAAAGUCGUAUCUGUUGAUAUGACUGGUCAGAGUAACCUUGAAGUGGAUCUGAUUUUAAAAAGAAAGACCCCUGAUCAGGGAGUAACUACUACUGAUAUGGAAGAAGAAUCACCAGCAGAGGAAAUGGCAGUCCAUCAGUGGGAGCUGAGGGGAGGUCCUGCUGAAAAAAUAGAGGAUGAAACAAAAACAAUAAAUGCAAACCAUGACAUAAGAUACUGGGAGGGAAAAGCUGAGCAGGGCGAGGACAUUCAGGUGUUUGCUGAGAAGGAACACCUGCCAUCACAUACAGACCUCUUGGCAAAGGGUGCUCAGCCACCAGUGUUUAGAGAGGAGGAAAAGGAGGAAGAGGAGAAAAUCUCUUUGGACAGAAAACAGAGGGAAGCAGAAACUUGUGAAAAGUAUAUUGAGGGGACAGAGGCACAGGACGAGAAUGAGAAGGAAAAGAGAGAAGAUGUGAUAGAAAAGGCAGAACUGGAAGAAAAGGAAGAACAGCGCAUGAAAGCAAAGGAGAAAGUGGAGAAGAAUAGAGAAUUCUGUGGGCUGCAACAGGAUGAUGGGGAGGACAAACUGUUUACCAUUACAGAGAAGGAAAGAGAAUUUAGUUUCAUGGAUGAGAAAACCAAGUUACUUGGAGGAAAAGACAUAAUAAAGGAAGAGUCAUAUCUGAGCAGCCUGCCAGUCCCACCAGGAGCAACAGCAGAACAUGUUUCCUAUAUCCAGGAUGAAACCAUCCCCGGCUACUCAGAAACAGAGCAGACCAUUUCUGAUGAAGAAAUCCAUGAUGAACAGGAAGAGAGGAUCCCACACUUGAAGUAUGAUGUCAAUGCCUAUAACAUUUCUGUUCCUGACCAUCCAGGCUCUUUUGAAGCAGUGCAUGGAAUACAGGCCAUGCCCCCUGCUGACCUUUCAGCCAAGGGCUAUGCUGGGCAGGAGGCUGAAAUCCUGGCAUAUCCUACAAACAUCGUGGCAGCACCUCUAGCUGAGGAGGAGCACAUAUCUUCUGCUACCUCCAUUACUGAAUGUGACAAGCUUUCAUCUUUUGCAACGUCAGUAGCAGAGGAUCAAUCCGUGGCAUCCAUUACAGCACCACAGACAGAAGAGACUGGGAAAAGCUCUUUGCUCCUGGACACAGGAAACAGUAUGCCCUCCUCUCGGACUGAAGCCACACAAGGUCUUGACUAUGUUCCUUCUGCUGGCACAAUUUCUCCUACAUCAUCCUUGGAGGAAGACAAAUGUUUUAAAUCUCCACCCCCUGAAGAUUUCCAUGCAUUAGCAGAAACAGAGAGGAAAUUGGAAACUCAAAAAAAGGACCUUCAUGAGGAGGUAGAAGAUGAAGAAGAUGAAGAAGAUGGGACUCCAAAUAUAGAGAUGCCUGAGAAACUCAGAGGGCAGUACAGUGCCCCCGUGUUUGCCCCUCAGGGGUGCCCUGCUCACGUGGCGGUCGGCGUUCCCAGCCAGGUGCUGCCUUUCCCCGCCGAGGAGGCGCCCGGCUCCCAGGCGGACUCUGCAGAGGAGCGCUGCACCAGCCCCGACGACAGCACGGUGAAGAUGGCCUCCCCCACCCCCUCGGGCCCCACCAGCGCCGGGCACACGCCCUUCCACCAGUCUCCCGUGGAGGAGAAGCUGGAAACGGUCGAUUCAGACCUAUUUGAAAAACAAACAGAUGCUGCUGCCAAGAAACUGGAAGGCCAAACUUCUGCUGGGGUGAAGGGAGCCAAGGGUGAACCUCUCAGAGAAGAUGAGGCACCUGUGGCUCAACCCAGACCUGGAAGAGAAGAGGCUGGAGCUGUGCAGCACGAACUGGUUUUGAGCAGAGAUGCUCCAGUGUCUCCUGAGCAGGUACAGGAAGAACCCAGGAGCAGGGAGGAGCUGCCCUGGCUCUCUUACCACAAGCAAGACACGGUGGUGAUCGGGGAGGACAAGGAGCAUCCCAGCACAAAACCAGAGGAGGAGCGAGGAACUAAAACCAUGACAGAAAGUUUAAUGGGAUUUCCAAAACACUUGUCCUUUGAGUCAUUUGCAACCACAGGAACUUCUCUAGGAAAUGUGGAUCUUCCACAGUUCACAAGCCAAAGCAAAUCUAAAAAUGAUGAAUCUUUGCAGUUUUCACCAGAUGGCAUCAAAUCACCUUCUUUUACAGAAGAAAGGAUUGGUAAAGAAAAAUCCUCAGAUAUUUCUAAUAGAGCUACUACUGAAGAAGGAAAACUGCUGUAUUUCACAGGAGACACCUCAGAAGAAGAGAAAUCUUCUCAUGUUUCCAUUGAAGAUAUUUCCCCAGAAGAGACCAAAUCCAUUUCUCUCACUGAGAGUUCCAGCAGGAAAAUCUCUUCAGAUGUUUUUAUUAAAGGAAUUUAUCCAGAAGACAUCAAAGCUCUUAGUUUCACAGAAGAGAUAAUGACAAAAGAAAAAACUGUGUUCAGCUGCACUGACAAAUUCUCUUCAGAAGCUGUGAAAUCCUUGGGUUUCACAGACCAGAGCCCAGCUUCAUGUGAAAAAUCACUGGAAACUUCUGCCAAAGAUUUGAAAGAAGCAUCAAAAUCUUUUCCUUGCCCAGAAAGUAGUUUAGUUAAAGACAUGUCACCCAGAGAUUCUUCAACUGAAGAAAUGUCUCCAGAUGACAGCACUUUAUUUUCUGCAUCAGGAAAGGGCUUGUUGAGGGGAAGAAAUGCAGGCUUGGACUCUCAGGAACUAUCCCCAGAUGCAAAGGACUUACAUUUUACAAAAUCUAGCCCAAGUGAAGAUAAAACAUCUUCACACAUUUCUACUGAAGGCAUAGAAUCUUACAGGUUCAAGGAAGCUCAAGAAGGAAAAUCUCCAGAAAUGGAAAAGUUUUGCAUUAAAGAUUUAAGUUAUGAGAAAAAAGUGUGGUUUCCAGAAGAGGUGGAAGAGGUCCCUGUUCAGGGAAGGCGGCAGAGGUAUGACAAAGAGAGGGAAAGCACAUUCUUGGACGAGGUACCAGAAUCUGAAACAAAAUCCCUUCCUAAAAUGGGCAAGGAGGAGAACAUAUCUUCUGUAGUGCCUGGCAGCCCUGCCUGGAGAGGAGCAGAAAGGGCAGCAUGGGGUUCUGCCUUUGGGUAUCUUCAGGAAGGGACAGACAGUGGGAGAGGAGGGCAAUCACCCAGUGAGGAGAAUGAGGAGCUUCACCAUGCUGGGGACAAACCCAGGCUGCUGCAAGCAGAAAUGGAAUGUUUGAAGAUGGAGUCACUUGAUUACAAAGAAGACACACAGAAGGGUGCCAAACCUACGUCAGAAACAAAGAAAGUGGAUGUGAUUCCUGCUGACAUCACUGUCCCUGAAAGAACACAAGGGGAAGGUUCUCCUCUGUCUUCUCAGUAUGUCCCUGGUGAGGAAAAUCAGGCCAAAGCUUUAACUGAAAACAAAAAAGGGCAAGAAUUUUUGUUGACCUCCAAACAAGAUUGCUCCUUCUUAGAUGAUGAGAAAGCUGUCCUAGAUAUCUAUGCAAAGUCACUAGACCAGGUUCUGACAACAUCUCCCCUGUCUGGAGUGGGAAGGGAGAUUGAGGCAGCACCAGGAGCAGAGGGGCCCUGCAAGUCAGACCAGAGCAAGUCACCCUUGUGGGAGGAUGUCCCAUCGAAGACAGCUGGGAAGAAACCAGACAUGAGUGAUUUGUAUCAGGAAAGAGACUGCAAAUACAAGUCAGAUAGCAGGCAAGAGGAUGACUGCAAAUCCACUGAGGGUCUGUUUGAUUCUACAGGAAGAAGAGAGCAGCCAGCAGCAGCAUCUCCUCUGUGGCAGGCCACGAGAGCAGCAGAAUAUCUUGCAGAGGCCACAGCAGGGAGUGCUGAGCUGGCAGGGCAGUGUGCACAUUCCCCUCCAGGACAAGGCCCACGCCAAAAGAGUAGUGAUGCUGUGGGCUGUGCUGGGGUGUAUCCUCCAAAGACCUGUUCCAGGGGUUCCCCUGAGCCUCAUUCCUACAAGGAAGGGGUCUGCACGCAGAGAGAUGAUGACAGUUCCACAAGACAAGAGCCAGAAGAGAGAGAACCAACUCCCUACCCGGAUGAAAGGAGUUUCAAGUAUGCUGACAUCUAUGAGAAGAUAAUUGUGUCUGGAGUGGGACCCUCCCCCUUCACAGCCAUGGGUGCACACAGCCCAGGUCAUGCUGACAAGCUGCCAGUGACAGCACUGAACUCUCAAAAAGGUCAAAAUUUUCAUGUGUCUGCAAAGGAAGAAGAGUCCUGCCUUUACACCUCUGCUGAGAAGGAAUUGUCAUCUCCAGCAUCCCCUCAGGAUAAAGCAGAUUCAGUCUUUGACUAUAGAGACAUCCAUGAAAGGUAUUUGCCCUUGUCUGAAACAGGGAAGCCUAGGACAUCAGAAGGACAGGAAAAACUGAAUGUGUCUUGUGCUUUGCCAGGAGAAAUGGACUCUGCACUGCACCCAUCAUCUGCGAGCGCAGCAUUUGCCUCUCCCACCGUCACAACUGACACCUUUUACCAAGGAAAAUCAUCCACUUAUAUUGAUGCUGGUUGUCCAGAUAAGAACAUAAUUUUGUCUAGCCAGGAGCAGGUAUCUUUGUCCCUGAAAUCUGAAAUCCCAAAUCCCAAAGAUACAUACUAUGAGAAAGCAGGUCAAGGAGAAGAAAGUGCAAGUGACUCAGAGCUAGAAAAAGGUGCUAAGGAGAAGUCUGAAAAAGAGUCUAAACUGCAGAGCCCCACUGCAGCUGCAGGCACUGCCUGUGCACCCAUCUCGGCCAUCAGCAAGUUCCCUGUCCCAGAGCCCUUCCUGCAGAGCAAGUGUCAGGAGCCCCUCUCACCCAGCUCCUCUGCCUCUUCUGCCUCCAGUCCAGGCUGGCAAGAGGAAUACCAGAGUAGGACAGCUGCAUCAGCUGCUGCUGUGGAAACAUGUUACAGUGACAUGUCACACAUGGACAGAGAUGAGCCAAUGUCAGAAAUGUGCCGUGAUGCUUCACAAAAGAGAGAGGUUGCUGAAAAAUCCACAAAGGAAUCCCAUUUCUGGGUAGCAGAUUAUCCAAGUGCAGCAGUGGUCUCCAAGUGCCAGGAGCAAGCCAUAGACCUGAAAUCUGCUUCCAGCAAACAGCCAGAGGUACAGGAACAGGGCCCAAGGGUGGAGAGCAGAGGGAUGGGAAGCUCUUCUGGAUUUGAGAGUUCCCUGCUAGGAAAGAGCGAAACAGCCAGCACUUUCAGACAUAAGCCAACCUCAGCAAGCCCUCUGGGGGCUAUUUCUCUUUCUUUAGAGUCUCCUUGUGCUUUGCUCUCAGACCAGGGAAACAAAGAUGAGUACUUGGAGGUUUCUGAGAAAAUCAGCAGCCUUGACUCAUCUUUUCCUAAAUUCUCACCGCUGAGUCCAUAUGAGGAAGACAAGGUGUUCUCCAAAGGUGUGGAGAAAGAGUCUGUGACCCAGCAGCAGCUGAAAGAUGACUCUUCCAGCCUGUCAGAGGAACCUUCAUCUGAAGCCACCACUCCUGUGAUACUGACUACAGCAGAAAGUUUCUAUUCCCAUAUGCUUUCCACAUACACGGGUGCAGGAGUGGAAGCAGGUACCAGGAGUGCUUGGGAUGUGUCUCCACAGGUUCCAGAUAAUGCUGUGAAAAUACAUACAGCUGAAACCAAAGGCAUUGUCUUUGCUGAAGAGCAUGGGUCUCUAUUUCCCUGUGGUCCCAUGGGUGACCACACCUUGCCACGUAGAAAAGAGUGCCAGAGCUCAGAGCCCACACCAUUUUCUGCAGAGCAAGAGCAGCAGCACUGUGGUAGCUGCCCAGAGCAGAAGGCAGCAUUUGUAGAACAGCCACUGCCACUGACAUCUCUCCCUGAUGUGUUGCCAUCAUUUUCUCAUCGUCAGCACGAAGAUGAAACCACAGCCAAUGGUCCAACAGAGGUGAGCACCAAUCUGCCAGCUUUCCAAAGCACGUACCAUGCAGCAGAGGCUAAAGAUGAAAAAAGAUGUCCCGAUUCUGACAGCAGUUUUUCUCCAUGUGCAGGCAAAGAGGAAACAGAGAGGCAAAGCCGUCCUUCCUCUCUGAUGUCCCCUGAAAACAGUUUCCAGCCGUUUUUCCCAGGUGUGCAGAGGGGUGGAAAAACAGAGGACUGUGGAGAUGCUUCCCACGACAUGGAGACCCAUUUAGUAGGCAGUUCUGAUUGCGGACAGAAAUUUUCCUCAUGUGAAUACAAGCAGAGAAAGGGAGAACUCUCUCCCUCAUUCAUCAACCCGAGCCCCCAUGAGCUCUCUGAAGACAGUGACCUCUCACAGGAGGAGGGUCACCCUUCAGUGCAGGGGAGACCACCCCACGCUGGGAGCAGUCCCAUGCAAAGUGCCACGGUGGAGGAAACGCCUCCAACGUCAGUGAGUGAUUCUGGAACCUCCCAGUCAGACUCCGACGUCCCGCCUGAGACUGAGGAAUGCCCAUCCAUCACAGCAGAUGCCAACAUGGACUCGGAUGAAGAUGCUGAUUUCCUCCCAGUGGACAAAGCUGUGGGGAACGCUCACCAUGGCAGUUCUAGGUCCAGCCAUGAUCCUCAGCCUGUUCCAAUGGUAGAUCCCCAUCCCCACCCUCCUCACCCUGAUGUCUGCAUGGUAGACCCUGAUAUGUUGCUAAAUGAGCAAAGCAUGAGCAGAACUGAUAAAAUUUCCAAGAAAGACAUAAAAGAAAAGAACAAAGGUGUGCGGAAGCCUUUGGGCAAACCCAAAUCUUCCUCACCUGCCCGGAAAUCAGAUGUGAAAGGAAAACGAUCACCCACUCCUGUGAAACAGUCAUCAGACAAAUCUCCAAAAUCUGUCACUGCCAAAAAAGAAAAAGAUGGAGGAGAAAAGCCCAAACCACGUAGUGUGCUGAUGCCAGAGGAUGAGUUAUCCCGGAGUAGUCACAGCAACCCUGGCAAGAGCCUUGUUAAUGGCAUCAAAACAAAUCCCGCUUCCAAUAGUCCUAAGAGCAGUUUGUCUGUGCCUGUGGGUCCGCCCGUCUACGUGGACUUGGCCUACAUCCCCAACCACUGCAGCGGGAAGAACACGGACCCAGAGUUCUUCAGGCGGGUCCGAGCAUCUUACUACGUUGUGAGUGGGAAUGAUGCAGCCAACGGAGAGCCAAGCAGGGCAGUGCUGGAUGCACUUCUGGAAGGGAAGUCUCAGUGGGGAGAGAACCUGCAGGUGACAUUGAUCCCAACACACGAUACUGAGGUAACACGAGAAUGGUAUCAACAGACCCAUGAGAAACAGCAGGAGCUAAACAUCAUGGUACUGGCAAGCAGCAGCACUGUUGUGAUGCAGGACGAAUCUUUUCCAGCCUGUAAGAUUGAAUUCUAAAUCUCCCACAUUUUGUGUUCAUCCAUUGACUCUUCAAUCACUGAUGCAACAUGAGAGACACCAUCUAAUCACAGUCCAGUUCUUCUCUGGUUUAGUCCUCUACAUGGUUCCCAUUUGUCAGGCAAUCGGGUAUCCAUCUUGCUCAGCACUGGAUGCCAUGAGGAAGAAGUGCAGGGCUCUGUAAUUUUCUGGACUGAGCUAAGAGUUUGUGCAAGAGCAGUUGCAGGCCAGGGGCACUUUUACCUUCCCUGCUUUAUUCUGCUGCCUGUACAGUUUCUGUAGACUAUCUUGGCUGCCUUGCUGCUGUGAGAGCUUGUUCUACUCUCUUCCUGGCUGCCUUGCCAUUUAACCUGUAGCACCAGAACCUCACCUUUCUGGUGAGGGCUGAAGUGCUGCUGCUGCAUGUAGAGAGUGCAUGGGAGGCAGGGGGCAGAGGCAAAACCUAACUUGCAAAGAAGUUGCACCCGGGAGAUGAGGGAAGACAAAACCCUCUGUCUGUAAUGUGACAGUGAAGGUCAUUCUUCCAUCUCCUCUCCUGAGCAUACAGGAGGUGUCUGAGCAAGGGGACCGUGCUCCAACUGGGCACGACCACCACGUGCCAGCCUGGCAGAUUCUGUGCCCAGUGCUUGCCUGUGGCAUCCUGCUGUGCUCAGGGGCUGGGAUGAAGGCCAUGGCGUGGGAGGGGAGGGCUCAGCACAUUCCUAACCUGCUAACUUGAGCUUGGCACACACAGCUGACUCCUGCACAGCAGCUGUGUGGCAGGAGAGGCACAGAGCAGCUGUGGCCUGAAUAGUCACACAAAAAGAGCAUCCAAACGCACAACUCAGCCCCCUCAACAGCAGAAGGGCUGGAAAAACCUUAGCCACUGUUGCUCCAGGAUGUACAAGAAAGCUCCCUGUCCCUAAAGCAAAGGCUCUGGAGGGCUGUGCUGAGCAGCUGGGGGAGGCCGGUGCCACCAGUGUCACUGCAAGGUGCCAGCUUGCACUCAGUGCCAUCCCCCCGCUGCCUUAGAGCCACGUUCAAGCUUUCUGCUGCCCCUCCGAGUGUCCAGGAUGUGGGGAAUAGAACACGUGUCUGAGGGAAGAGAAGGUCCUUCCCAAAAUACUGGGGGAAAAAGGAGUUUAGCAAGUGUAGCCAUUCUCAGUUCCUCCACGCCAUGGCAGGGAUGUGUUGAUGUGCAGGUGAGGUGCUGCUCACCCACGUGGUGCCACCCUGCAGUUUGUGCCCCGAGGCCACGUCCUUGCCCUGGAGGUCCUGGCAGAAACACAAGUGUGUGCCCUGAGUGCACCGUGGCUGCUGACCGGGCCCCAGGGCCUCCCUGGCAGGGACUGGGGGCUCAGGUGCUCUGAGCCUGCAGCACCCGAGAGAACUGACAGAGGAUCUUACCACAAAGCUUUUCUGCAAGACAGAGUGGCAGCAGGCUGUGCUCUGGGGAAGAAGGAAUGAGGUGGAAAGCUGUGCUGCAGCUGUUGACAGCACAAAGUGUUUCCAUCUGCUGUGGCACCCACGGUGCUGGGCCCUGAGCAGAGGGCUGACUCCACGAGCAGCCUCGGACCCUGUGUUGCACUUGCCUGGGACACUUCAGUCUCAGUGCUAGUUUUCUGGCAGGUGACAUGAAGAAAAUGCUGCUUAGAAACCUGCUCCUAGCACUAAAAUGGAGUUUCUAGGGAAAUGGUCUAUUUUGCAUUUUAAUUUAUAUAUUUAUUUUUUUUUAAUGUUAAGCUGCAUUUUGUGUUGAUUUAAUAUUUUAAUUUAUACAUGUUAACAUGAUACCAUGUGCUUUUAGUGUCAGUUCAGAGGUUGCUCAGUACAGGUACUAACAUGCUGCAAUUUAAACAAAAUGAGAAGACCGUAGAGAACCUGUGGGCAGCAAAAGUGUCUCUGCAAGACCGUGUCUAAAACCCAGCAGCUGUGGGACAAGGCCUGAGGCCAGCAGCCUCCCCAAGGCACAGCCAGCUCAGACUAUGGCCCUUGUUGGGAGCACGUGAGCUUACUCAGGGCUUCAGCAAACCCCUGCCCUGUGCUGUGUUCAUUUUAACCACGAUUGCACUGUGUCUGCCAGCAUAAUAAAUGUCGUCCUCUGUACCCCGAUGGGGUCAGCAUUCAUGAAUGUUGGUUCUGGCAGUUGCAGGCACUGAAACUCCUGCCCUGCCCCUCCCUGGGAUGCUGGGGGCUUUGGGGAGACCCUGGCUCACCCACAGUGGCAGCUGCAGGGUCCAGACACCAGAGGCACAAGCACGGCCCUCGCCGGCCCCUGGGCUCCCUCUGCCUAGCUAGAUGUAAAAGCUGAUGCACUAACUUAGAUAGACCCACACAUGAAUGUUUUCUCAAUUUUAAACUUGAAGCAAUUCUGACUAAGCAGCAGUAAUAGUGAGGCUUUGUGAGGUGCCUGCAUCCUCUGGGCAGGAGUGUGGCCACGGGCAGCUCCAGGAGGAACGCUGCCCUGCUCCUGCCCUGCAGCUCUGCUGCUUGGCUACCUGUAUCCUACACCACUUUGCUUCCCUGUCCUCCAGGCUCCACUUUUUUUUUCAGUUUUUGUCGCAGUCUGCUCUGCCUUGAGCUUCUCUCACUAUCUCCCUCUCCCCUCCACCUCCUUCCAUCUUAAGAAAGAACUAUGGGGAAAAAGAUUUAUGAAAAUGCUGAUUUGUAGAGUCUGACCCUGCUCGGGCCACAGGAGCCAGCAGGACCCACCCGGAGCCAGAGGUAAUACAACACUAUAGAGAGAAAAAGUUAAACUCUGCUUUUGCUUGUUUCUGCAUGUGGGCAACAACGUGUAAUCUUCCUGUAUGUAAUAGGUAAAAAAAUACUAUUUUAAACCUAUAAUUAAAAAAGUGAACGUCUUAACUGUAUUGAAAUGGCAUCUUGUGCUCCUAGUUUCUUCUAUGCUAAAUGUUUUAAGAAGAGAGCCCUGAUUCUUUUCUUCACCAUCAUACUUCUAUUUGAAUUUAGUUCCUUGAGUUUUGUCCUUUUGCCCAUUUCCACAUGAAACACUCUGUAACUAACUGCUGUCAAGAGAGGAGCCCAACACAUUAACAAUAAAGCCACAUUAAUUGCAAAUGAGAACAUCUCCAGUGGUUUCCAGCUGUUCUUUCAGUGAGCCCGUGCUUGCAGGCAGGAGCACCCAGGCACGGCUGCCAGGCCACCCUCCCGUGCCUCCCAGCUUAGGGGAGCCCCUCCUUCACCAGCAGCUGCUAAACCUCCCUGGGACUCAGGAAAGGGACAUGCACAUAAGGCCACAGAGCCUGGACAGCCAGCCCCGCCCCUGGCCCCAGCCAGUGACCAUGGGUCCCUCCUGGGGAACAUCUGGACUCUUGCACAGCUGGCCAGGGGCUGUACAGGGAAAAGCAGCUCCUGAUAAUCCAGUGAGGAGCCUGGCAUGGCCUGUCUGCCAUGCAGCACCAUCACUCCUCACAAUUCCCAAAUCACACUUCCCAUUGCAGCCCUCUGCCCGCCCCUGCACUUCUUGGGAAGGGCAGCUCUGCCUCGUGCUGC